AUGGAAGAAACAAAGGACGGUAGUACAUCAUUGUUUAUACAAUCUCAACUUCAUUCCGUAAUAGCAUCUCAACGUACUACAAUAGAAUCCCUUCGUGAGUCAAUAGCACGAGCACAUGUACCUCGAAGUGAAUAUGAUGAACUUGUUUCUCAUCUUGAAAAAUCUCAAGCUGAUGUGACUGAUCUUCGAAGUCAACUUGAUGGAUCUUUAGCUCAUUCGAAUGAUUUACAAAAUCAACUUGAUGCAGCAAAUACACUUUCAAAUCAACUUCAAAUUGAACUUGAUGAUGCUCGUACAAAAUUAACAUCAACCUAUAUUGUAUUAGAUGAAGCUUGUGCUAAAAUUGAUUUUGAACGUGCAGAAUUUGAAAAAUCAUUAGAACAUAUUCGUCGUACAACAGUUGAUAAAGUUCGUAAAAAUUCUGAAUUAUAUGCCAAAACACUUGCAAUGGAACAAACAUAUAUAGCACAACGACAAGCACUUGAUGCAAAAACAAAUGAAUUAAAACAAUUAGAAAAACGUUUAACAAAACAAGAAGAAUGUGCAACAAAUAAAAUAAAUAAAUUAGCUGUUAAAUUAGAACAAGAAAAAUUUAUUUCAAGAGAAAUUCUUCAUACAGGAACAAAUAAUUUAAUAAAAUCAAAAAAUAAAAAAUGA